GUGGUUCUCUCAUUCUGGGAGGACGGCAUAUGACGUCCUCCCAUUCUCACCACGCAUGCGCGGCUCAAGGAGUGCGCGGAGAUCGGCGGUGCGCAGUGUCACUCGGACACAGCGGAUCACCGAUCCACAGAAAGAGCCGAAGAUGUCGGCUCGGUCAUGUGAUCAGCUGUGUCCAAUCACAGCUGAUCACAUUCCCACCUGUCAGUGUCCAUCAGUGCCUUGUGUCAGUGCCCAUCAGUGCCAUAUCAAUGCCACAGUGCCCAUCUGAGCUGCCUUUCAGUGUCACCCAGUCAGUGCCAUAUGUCAGUGCUGCCUUUCAGUGCCCAUCAGUGAUGCCUGUCAAUGCCCAUCAGUGCCACCUAUCAGUGCUUCCUCAUCAGUGCAGCCUAUCA